CUAUCCUGUGUCUGAGUGUGUCACUCCGUCCCGCGCAGUUGUCACGCAGCGUUGAGCGGCGAGAAGCGAGCAGAGGGGAAUGUCACCUUAUUAUUAAGUGUACGACGCAGCAUCAUCCUGUUGUAAGAAGCAGCCAUGAACGGAGGGUCCCUUCGACACUUAGCUCAAGAGGCGCGACGGGUCAUCGAUAAAUGUUCGGUGCAGAACCACCCACUUCUGUUCCAACACGGCAUGUUGGUAGCCGUGGUUUGUUUCACAGCUCUGGUUACCAACGGGGAGUGGCUAGAACAGAAUGAUAUGUACUGCCUACGCCGGAUUGAUCUCGAGGAACUGAGUCAAGAUCACCAGGACUGGGGUCGAUGUGAGCGCAACUUCUACUCCACGGCUUUUCAGAACAAAUCUAUGCCACAUCUCUUCCACCCUUGGCUCUAUAACAAGAUGAGAAUGUCCGUGCACGUUUAUGCCGCUAUCGGCCUUCUGCUCAUGUCUCAAGGUGUGUGGCUCAUCUUCCAGAACGAGCGGGCUGUGAAAGCUAGGCGGGAUUUCGAAGGGCGCGUUCAUAGGAAUGAUUUUGCAACUCGCUGGAAAAAGAGGCAAACAAUGGCUGAGAUGCUGCGACACAACGGUUCAUUGGGACUGUAUGCUGGAAACGUGGCUCUUACUUUGUUCUUCCUCGUCCUGGACACCAUUCUGCUGGCGUGCGUGUUGCUCACCUACAACCCCUGGAUUAUCAAGGUUCAUCUUGGGAAGCGUGACAUUCUGGAUCCCCGUGACAUAGCUAUUACUUCCUUCCCACCGCUGACUUGGUGCGACGUGAGCCAAGAGACAGGCCGCCUGGAGGGUACCUACAGUUACAACUGCGAAGUGGCCGCCAACAACACUUACGUGCUUAUUGCAGUAUUCUUGGCUACCUCUCUCACCUCUAUGCUUCUUAAGACGGUGAUGGCAGUGCUCCACUGUGUUCUAGUGAUCAAUAUGCCCUAUUGGCGCCGAGGGGCUCUGGGUAUAAAGAUGGAGCUGCCCACAGAUCGCACCAUUGACCUGUACUACCUUGGUCACUACACCACACUCAGGGGUUUCCGCACAGCCUUCAGAAAGGAGGUACGAAGGCGGCAGGAUUCGACGGUAAUGCGACACGAGCGGCUUCCUGCGAUCUAUCAGUGACCAUUUUCUCCACACAAUACUCACUCAGUCUUGAAACAGUUAGUGUGUGUAUGUGUGUGUGUGUGUGUGUGUGUGUGUGUGUGUGUGUUUUGACCAUUUUCUGUUGAAGAAAAAAGUGGUCUUUGGAAAAUAGUUUAUUUUCAUGGCAAAAAUAAAUAUGCAGAGACCUUAUCUGAAGGAAAGGAGGGAAAUGUCUCACGACACGAAAAGUGACAUGUUUUACGACAUUCACAGAGACGGGACUCUGUACUUACAAAAUACGAAGGUUCAUUGAUUUUCUUACUUGUGUAAAAUCUUAUUAGAUGU